AUGUCUCACGCCGAUCAACAACUUGAUGCCCCCGCCCAGUCCCUUCAUGCAAUCAAUUUUACCUUGCCUGAAUUCUGGCAACACGCUCCAGAACUUUACUUCAUCCGCAUAGAAUCAGCCUUUUAUUCUGCCAACGUUACCAAGGAGUUAGCAAAAUACCACAAACUUGUGGAGGUUCUCCCUGCCAAUAUUAUCUCACAAGUUCAACCCUUGUUAGUGAAACCCCCUGCAGACGCUCCCUAUUCUGCUCUGAAGGCGGAAAUCCUUCGUCUCAAUGCUGUAUCUGACCGACAACGCUACCACCAGUUGAACAAGGAGGAAUCACUGGGCGACCGAAAGCCCUCAGAACUUCUCCGACGAAUGCGUACUCUCUUAGAAGACAUGCAGGUCGACGAGAAACUCGUUAAAGAGAUGUUUCUAGAGAGGCUGCCUGCAGAUGUCCAAACGAUUUUGGCAUCCGGCUCGCAAGACCUUACACUUUCACAUCUUGCUGAAAUGGCAGACCGAAUGAUAGAGGUUCAACGGUUCCAGCCACCUUCCGUUGCUCAGAUUUCCACAUCCUCUUCAACGGUUAACGAGCAGUUACUGCAACAGAUGUCGACUAUGGCAAAUGAGAUAGCCUCCCUAAAACUACAGCUUGCUCGCAUUACAUGUAGUCGCUCACCCAGCCGUCAUCGUUCACGUUCGCGACCUCGCACAGUCAAUUUGUGUUGGUAUCACGCAAACUUUGCCGCCAAGGCUCGCAAAUGUUCUUCCCCUUGUUCAUUUAAACCGAAACAGGGAAACCAACCAGCCAGAGAAUAGACGCGACCGUUUUCUCUGGCUCUCCCAGCUCUGGUCGCACCUUUUAUGUCUGCGACAAUGUGACUCGCAGGCGCUUCCUGGUGGACACCGGAGCCCAGAUCAGCGUGGUUCCCCCCACUCCAGUUGACCGCCGCUGUCCCAGCCCUGGUCUACAUCUCCAAGCUGCAAACUGUUCCCCAAUUUCCACUUUUGGUAGUCGUUCCCUAACGCUGAACAUUGGUUUACGUCGAUCAUUCUCCUGGAUAUUUGUGAUUGCCGAUGUGCCUCAUGCGAUCCUUGGUUCGGACUUCCUAGCCGAGUUUGAUCUCCUUGUUGACUGUCGGCGUUCCUGUCUCCUCGACCGCACAACUGGUCUUUCUGUCCGCGGUCUUACACCCUUUAAUGACCCCUGCAAUUUAUCUGUUCUGGAUACAGGUAUUGCUUGCCCAUACCGAGACCUGCUCCUCCAACACCCCAACAUAAUCAAACCCCAGUUUCGUAGUGGUGAGAUCCAGCAUGACGUUGUCCACCACAUUCGCACCUCUGGCCCCCCAGUAUUCGCACGGCCCAGACGACUGGCUCCGUCCCGUCUGCAAGCGGCGAAGGCCGAAUUUGAGCACAUGCUGCAACUGGGCAUAAUUCGCCCGUCCGAGAGUCCAUGGGCGUCCCCUCUGCAUAUGGUGCCCAAGGCAACAUCAGACGACUGGCGGCCCUGUGGUGGCUAUCGCGCCCUCAACAAUGCGACCAUCCCGGAUCGUUAUCCCGUCCCUCAUCUUCAAGAUUUUGCUGGAGCUCUUUUCGGCAAAUCGGUUUUCUCGAAGAUAGACCUUGUUCGGGCCUUCCAUCAGAUUCCUGUCGCUCCUGAGGAUGUUCCCAAAACUGCCGUCACCACACCAUUCGGCCUGUUCGAAUUUAUUCGCAUGCCAUUUGGUCUUCGCAAUGCUGCCCAAACAUUUCAGAGGUUCAUUGACCGAGUCCUACGUGGUCUCCCGUUUGUGUACGCUUACAUCGAUGACCUCUUGGUGGCCAGUCGAAAUGCCGAGGAACACAAAGAGCAUCUUGCUUUAGUGUUUGACCGCCUCGAUCAGUUUGGCGUGGUCAUUAACCCUUCGAAGUGUGUGCUGGGUGUGCCGUCCCUUGAUUUUCUUGGUCACCAUGUCGAUGCACAAGGUUUGCGUCCCCUCUCUUCCAAGGUUGAGGCCAUUCGUGACUUUCCUCCACCAACCUCCAAGCGUCAGCUGCAACGUUUCCUUGGCAUGGUAAACUUUUAUCGCCGGUUCCUACCGAACUGUGCCGACCUUAUGCUGCCACUCACCAACUUGCUCUCUGGUCCCAAGGGUCCCCUUGAGUUACGUGGUCACGCGCUGACUGCAUUUGAGAGAAUAAAGACCUCCCUUGCUGAUGCUACCUUGCUCACUCAUCCUGCUCCAGAAGCCCCGUUGUCCCUGAUGGUUGAUGCUUCGACCGUUGCCGUAGAAGCAGUCCUCUAA